CCUGCGCUGCUGCUGGCGGGGCAAGACGGAGUGGAGCGCAGAUACACACACGCACAUACACACAUGCACAGCCGUGUUUAGAGGGAGGGGGGGAGAGAGAGAGCAAGAGAGAGAGAGCACGGCGAGGCACAACCAGAGGGAGAGAGAGACCAUAGGAACGCAGUGGCUUGUGUGUGCGCUCUCAGUGGCAGAAACGCGGAGCGAGCUGGGGCGGAAAUGGAGGGGCUCGGGCAGAUCGCUGGGAACUGACACGGCACAUUGACGGAGUGAGGGAGGAGAAGGAGAAGUCCGACCGAGGAGAGGAGAGGAGAGUGUUGGAGAAGGGCUUCGUCUGGAACGCAGAAGGAUUCUGAGGAGCGAGCCCUGGGUUGGAUGGGACCCACCAUGCCCCCCAGUAAGAAGGCCCAGAGCCCCAGCAGUGGAGCCAGUGCUUCGCGAGGCUUGAGCCCUCCAUACAGGCAGGUGGAUGCUGCCACGGCGGCGUCUGAGGCGGAGGCGGCAGACUUGUCCCUGUCCCUCUCGGCCUCCUUCUCCAAAGCUGACGAUGAGGAGCUCACCAGCUUGUCCUGGCUCCACGAGAGCACCGACCUCCUGAACAGCUUCAGUCACUCGGGGCUGCGUAGCGUCUCCCCUCUGCAGGACCCGGAUGGCCAGCCCCCGCGUUCGCCCUCUUCCCCGUCUCCAUCUCCCGAUGAUCCCCUGCUGGGCGACGCCCACUCACCCUAUGAUUCAGGGACCGGUGCCAACAGGAAGCCGCCGUACUCCUUCAGCUGCUUGAUCUUCAUGGCCAUUGAGGAUGCGCCGAACAAGCGGCUACCGGUAAAAGACAUUUAUGGCUGGAUCUUGGAACACUUCCCCUACUUCGCCAGCGCCCCGACAGGCUGGAAGAACUCGGUGCGCCACAAUCUGUCGCUCAAUAAAUGUUUCAAGAAGGUGGAUAAGGACAGGAGCCAGAGCAUAGGUAAAGGUUCGCUGUGGUCCAUAGAUCCGGAGUACAGACACAACCUGAUCCAGGCGCUGAAGAAGACGCCCUACCACCCGUACUCCCCUGGCCUGGCCACUCCUUCCACCUCUCCACCCACCUUGCCUCAGACAUAUCACCACAGUCCUCCACUGUGGUCGGGGAGUCCCCUCUUCAGAAAGACUGGAGGAGUUCUCUUACAAGUUCCUCGCAGUGUGAUCCAAAAUGGCGCCCGUGUCAGGAGCCAGGGGCUGUUUCCUGUCAUAAGACCCCUACCCAUAAGCCCUGUGGGGAGCAGAACCUCGGCUAUAAGAUCAGCCCUGGGAGAUUAUCUAAGCAGAGGAGAACACAGCCCAUCUUGUGACUCUCCCCCACCGUGCGGGGAGGACCUCCAGGAUGACCACACCUACAGCACUGCCAAAUCCCCCAGCAGGCCAUGCUCCUCCCAGGGUCCCGCCCCCUCUUCCUCCCUGGACGAUGACGACAUCAUCGCCGUAGAGAUCCAGUCGGACGUCAAGCCCGAGCCCCGGGAGAUCCCGCUGGAUUCGCACAUCAACUCGGCUGCCUACAUUUCCCAGCAGCCCCCCCGGGGACAGAGACGCGUUGCAGGGGCAGGAGCGGGCGUGUUGGCGGGUAGCAGUUUGCCCUGGACCAAAAAUCGACUGCGGAGCAUUAGUGAUACGCUGCCGCUGAAGAAGCGGCGCGCAGCGGCGUUGGAAAAGCCGCCGGAGAGCGACGACGAGGAGAUGAAGGAGGCAGCUGGGUCGCUGCUCCACCUGGCAGGAGUCAGAGCCUGCCUCAACAACAUCACAAACCGCACCGCCAAGGGCCAGAAGGAGCAGAAAGAGGCCCUCAGAAACUAAGACACAGACAACCAUACACACACGGACAAACAUGCAUUUAGACAUACAUUAAGUCUAGUUAGGCGAACGCACACAAUUACAUGUAUACAGUAAUACACACACACACACACACACACACACACACACACACACUCUCACUCAUCAACAGGUAACAUUACUAAAGCAUUAGUCUCAACGGACACUUCUCAUCUCCCUCUAUUUCUGUAUAUCUGCAGGGCAUUAGGUGAAUCCUACUUAUUUGUGGCAAUAUCAAAAAUCUCUGUUUUCCUACAUGUUCCGUAACACUAACAUAAAUGGGUGAUUAAUUAAUUUUCAUGUGUCUUUCCUGUUUUUGUUGUCUAAAAGGGGAUGAAAGCCAUAAAAAAACAACAUUUUGUCACUAAUUUGGACAGGUUGGACGUGUUAAAACGGAAUCACAUUGAGGAGCGCAUGCAAACAGAGGAUAGCCGUUUGUCUCAUCCGUUUGUUUAUAUGUGAAUCUGUAGCAAUCUUGUGGUGAUGCUAACGAGGAGGCUUAGCCAACGAGACAAGCCUAUUUAACACUUGGAAACUCUCUUGGCUGCUUACUGGCAUCACUCUUUACAUCCAUGAGCACAAAUGUGAGACUGUGCCAAAGAUAAGUGACCAGGGUUGCUUUAUGUAGCCAAUGUGACAGCUAACAAAAAUACAAAAAAAAAUACAAAAUAAAAAACCAGAAGGCAUAGUAAAGUCAGAGAGCUAGAGCAGAGAAAAUGACCCUAUGUGUCAAAGUCAUUGUAAAACCCAAUGUGAUAUGUUCAUGCACUUCAGAUUAUUUUACGCCACUUAUACUAAAAAGCGUCUUGGGUAAAAAAACAAAACAAACAAAAAAAACAUGGUUUAUUUCAAAAAGCACUCAUAGUAUUUAAGAAUAGCUAUAUUAUAUAUAUAAAUAUAUAUAUAUAUAUUAAAAAAAAACAAACAAAAAAAACAUGGUCAUGUUUAACAUCGUAGAGAUGGAUAGUGUGCCGGGUCUGAGGCAAUAUCUCCUUCAUUUUGUUGUUGUUGUUGCAUAAUAUAAAAGUCCCUAAAACGGUUCUUCUCUCCAUAGACUUAGACAGCUGGUAUGAUACAGUAGCUAUCAGUAGCUACCACACCUGCCUUUUCAUUUUACCAGACAACUAUAAACAUAAACUGUGGGUUUGAAUUUCUGUUCCUAUCUGUUUACCCUAACUCUACCCUCAUAAAGAUAUAAGCAAUUUGUCCCACGCGGACAACUCUGUAAAAAGGUUAGAAAAUAUUUUAUUUUUUUCCUUUUCUUAAUUGAAGCAAUUUGACCUGCAGGACUUUCUCAGUUAUAUUGCAUGGGUGCUUGUAAAUAAGAUAAAAAGUAAAUCUUUUUUAUUCAAAGAUCCUGUAAGAUAAACAAUGUAUUUAGCAUGAAGCAUGACUUAUUUUCAUAUAAACCUUGAUCCUAGAGGAAAGAGAAAAAAAAAGUUUUGCCGUCAGUUGUUAUACCCUUGAUUGUUUCAAAUUUUGUUUUUUGAAAACUGUUGAAUCGAUGUUUUGUUUGUUUACUUGUUUGGGGUUUUUGUUUUAUUUCUUGUUUUUUUCCGAGCGGGCUUUCGAAGACAAAUCUUCAGGGAGGAAUGUGUGGCGGGGGAAUCACUCUGCGACCGGAAGCCCGAGAGUUUCACCCCUGGGCUUUUAGUUCAGGCUGCGUAGGCCGGCUCACUCAGCGCUAAGGGGACGGGCUCCGGUAUCCCUCCGCCUGUGUAGCGAUCGCGGCGUCCGGCGUUCUGUCCCGGUGUUCCAUCCAAACGUGUCAGUCGCGUAUGUGAGUCUGUGUGUCCGUGAGCACACACGGCCACUUUAACAUUGUGCCUGCCUACCUGCCUGCCCCUCUGGACCUCCGUCUCCCCGUCUUCGACGGGGUGUCGCAUGUCUUAAAAUUAGUUUUAUUUCUCCCGUGCGUUGACGUAUACACACACCUGUCCUAAUUUUUCGUUAGCGUUGUUUAGACUGUAAAUGUACGGUAGCGCGGAGGGGCCAAAUCUCCUUUUGAGACCGGAAAUAGGGGAAGGGAGGACGGCUCUUUAAAUGAAAAUGGGUUUGGCUGCUUGAUUAUGCCCACAUGUUUUUGACAGCAAUUAAGAGGUUUUGUUUUGUUUUUUUGUAGUUAAUGCUUUAAUAAUCCAACGUCUCUACACACAGUCAUUGUAAUGUCAAAUGUCUGUCAAACUAUCAAAAAGGUAACAGCGAGGGCUGAACGGGGCCACAACGAUGAGUCAAAAUGAAAACUCUUCUAUGAACAAAGUUAAUGUGAAUAUUGUAGGAUUUGCUUGAAGCAUAACUUUUCACGUGGUUCUGAUAUUGAGCAGAAUGCCAUUGCACAUACUAGUGCAUAUUACAAGCUGAGAUUCCAACAGAAUCUUAUCUACACAAAGAUGGCAAAAACAUUUUGUAAACAGAAAUGAAGUGUUGCUCAAGGACAUUGCUGGUAGCACGUUGCUCAAGGACCACUUUUCACCUACCUAAAUUAUCAUAGUACAUGAAUUGAAACAUAACUCGUGGAAAACACGUGUUAUUCAUGCAUAUUAGAUAGUUAUAAGCACUUCCAACAACAAGCUGGAUCAUCAACAAUGGCAGAAAGGCUUAUAAUAGCUGAUUCCCUAUCAGUUCUUCAUAUAGCCUCUCUGAUGGCCCUAGUGUCUGCAGUAAGCCUGUGAUGAUAGCUGAUAGGGGUUGACUGGCUUCCUGCAGCUCUGAGCUGAGCUGGCUGCUCCUCUCCAGCACCUCAGACAGCUCAUGUAGACCUGCCUCCAUCCCAUGGCCAUGUUCCUCAUAGGUCAUGAACAUCUGCUCUUUCACCUGCUGACACACCUCACUCAAUAGUUUGCUUUCAAAAGUAGUGAUCAGUUCUUGAUCCUUUAGUGAAUCCUCUCAUUUAGGUCUUGCCCCCCCCCCUCUUUCUUUGAGCCGAGAAGGACGGAGGUGCAUCUGGUCUCAGAAGGAGAGUCUCACCUCCGAGGCACUCAUCUCUCUCUGUGAUGCUGGAGAUGUCCAGCACGACGCCCGAGUCCUCACCUCUGUGUUGCUUAUCAAGGCUCACAAGCGAUGAUGUAUCCACGAUACUCUGGUUCAAACAUCAUGUCCUUUAGUAAGGUGCUUCCCCAGAUGGUUCCAACGGGUUAUGGCCAGGCUUUGGGGUGGACUGGCGGGUUGGCAUCGGCUUUCCUGUGAAAAAAACUGUGCCAUGUUCUACGCCGAAGUUUAGAAAGUCUUCCCACUAUAAAAGUCAUUGAAAGCAAGAGGUUUGCCAAAGUGCUGAUGGUUUAUUCGAGGGCCCUCGUGUAGAGCUACCGUGUUUUGUCUCACUUACUGUGGUCGCGGAGAGUCGUUAAGAGCAGAGGUGACCCCCGACGAUCUCUGUAUCCACAACUCAUAUGUUCCAGUUAGCGCACUGCCACUUCUUAUUUGCUAUGUUUAAGAUAUAAUAAAGAGUGCAUUCAAGUAGCAUUACUUUCCCUUAGUUCAGGCGAGAAAAAGCAUGCGGUGAAGAUUUACCAAGUGAACGGAAAUACCUCUUUAUAGUAGGAGAAAACUGUCUGGGUUUUGGUUAGAGAAUAUGUGCUAUGGGAUGGAGGCUGGGUCAGAGAUGAUGACGGAAAGAAAUGUGACUAAGUGAAGCAAGCAAGCAAACAAAAGCGGACACCUCCUGCAUAUCCCAUCCAUGGGCGCAGUCUUUUGCCACCUGUAGCACGCGUCACCGGCUUUGCAUUUUGUAUGGUGUCCAUUUAAAAAAAAAGAAGGAAAAAAAAGCUUAAGGAGACGCUGCCUGUCUGAGUCCUUGUCAUGUGCCAUCUGUCUUAACGACUGAUACGUGUCUGAGUGCACCCACAGCCCAGGUCAAGCACUCUGCUGUAUUUGCGGUAGCAAUCCCCCCCCCCCCCGUUGCGGUGACUAACAACGUGUUCAAGUCGGCAGAGGCAUGUCGAGGGGAACACGUGUUGCUUCAGCGACCGCCAUUUUUUCCUCUGACUCACCCGGUGACAUGCAGGAAAAAUGAACUCCUGACCCACGGGUUCUGGGGAAACGCACGCGCACGCGCACACUAACAAGUGGGACAUUUAAAGCAAAGCAGAUGCAGAGCUUUGCUGCCUGAAAAGCCCCGCCCCCCCGUGCGACCCCCCCCAAAAUAGCGAGUGUUUCCUUCAAACCUGCCAAGCAAGCAUACAGUACAGCACUCUUUACAUGGGUUGCCAUAUUAUUAUUAUUUUAUUUUUUUUAGUUUUGUUUUUUGUUUUGUUUAUUUCUGACGUUGAGCGCUUUCAUUUCGUGUUUCUGUUUUCUCUGACAAAAAUAUCUACAAUACUGCCGUUACUUUUGGUGACUAUGUAAGAUGAGUAUUUUGAAAGCCAUAGGUUAGAGAUGUCAAAAUGCAAAACUUGUUAUUGAUCUGUGAGAUGUGAUACGGAGUGCACCCAGGUGUUGGUUUUUCCAGUAAAUGUUCCGAUUCUCUCCAUAUUGUGCAAUCAUAUUGCCAAAGAACGAUUUCAAAACUAUUUCAUCAGUACGUGUAAAUAUCAACGUUGUCCAAUACCGUGGCAAAAAAAUAAAUAAAUAAAUGUCGUUUUUAUUUUGUUUUUCCUUUUUUUUCUUUUUUUUUCCUGAGAAACUACAAUGUUUAUGUGAUGUAUUGUCUUCCAGUUGGUUGCAAUAAUAAAAAAAAUACAAGUU